GUAACAGAUGGUUCUGAACGACAUGAAAGACGUAAGCUGCAGCUGCAGCCACGAACUAAGCCAAUGGAUAGUAAGGAAGAAGAUUUACCGGCCAGGCCGACCAGCAUAUUUGGCCUUGCGAAACCAGUGGAUACGUCUGAAAAAGAGAGACAAGUGGAGGAGCGAUUGCGGCUGGAAGAUGAGGCAUUUAAGGCGGCAGGACAACGAUCCAGAAAGAGCAGCGAAGAACAUGGUAUGUCAGUGCCGGUCUCGCCGUUGUUUCAGCAUGGCAAUGUUACAAUCCUGAAAGCACCACCAGCAGCAGUGCCAGAAAAUCGUCUACCCGAAGAUAGCAUUCCUCCACCAGCACCAGUGCCGGAAGCAAUUCCGGAAGCAAAUCCUGAGCCGCCACCGGUGGAAGAAACUGAAAAACCUCAACAGCCAAAUGAAGCAGUUUCACGACAGCCUGUUAUUGUUGAGCAAAAUUUAGAGAAGCCAACUGCUGCAUCAACGCCGGACACGAUGCCACCAUCUGCAGCAGGAUCAGCGGCUGUUCCGGAACCUCCACGACGCCAAUCUUUUUCAUACUUCAAAUUGGAGCUGUACGGCUCACCAUCGAAAGACAAGAGGAAGCACCGCUGCGAUGGAACCCUUAUAUCGGUUGUUUGA